GAGGGAGGGCGGCCCAGCCGGACCGCCGGACGUGAGGAAGUCGGCCGCGCGGCCUUCGCUGCCCGCGCUCGCCGUGCAGCCGGCGUGCGUGCGGAGAUCUCCCUGGACGUCGGCGUCUCCCAUUGUGUGCUGCCCCCACUGGUUAAGCGCGCCAAGCAACGAGCCAUAGCCGCAGCCGGGGCUGAUCAUCUCCAAUCUUUACCCUUCUUCUUUCAGCUCCCCGCUGCUGCUCCAUCUCCGUGUGUCCAUCGCAGCAGACGCCCAUCCAUCAUUGGUCGAUGUUCUCCUUAUCGUCUUGUUUUUUCCAUUAAUUAAUAUUACUUAAGUCUAUCUUUAUAAUCUGACCGUCUUCUUGAUCUGAUCGAGCUUUGUAGAGCAAAGAAGAUUUAAUGGGGGAGGUGUCGCCAGACGUCAAUGGAAAUUCCUUCUCGUCUUCCGGUCUUUCGCCAUCGCCAGCGGAGGUGGAGGUGGCACGGCCAUGCGUGCUUGUCUUGGACUUCGGCUCCCAAUACACGCAGCUCAUUGCGCGCCGGAUUAGGGAGAUGGGAGUGUACUCUCUGAGUCUCCCCGGCGACGCGAGCAGAGAUCGGAUCCAGGGAUCGAAUCCCGCCGUCAUCAUCUUAUCUGGCGGUCCAGAAUCUGUGGAAACGCCUGGGUCGCCCUCCUUGUUCGAUGGGUUCUUUGAUUACACGAGGGCCAACGGAGUAACCGUCUUGGGGAUUUGUUAUGGAAUGCAAUUGAUUGUGAAAUUGCUGGGAGGGAGUGUGAAGCGGGCGACGGAGCAGGAGUAUGGCAGAACGGAGAUGGCGCCUUGUGCAAGCUCUGUUCUAUACGGCGAUUGCGAGAAUGUUGCGAAGCCCCAGGUCGUCUGGAUGAGCCAUGGUGACGAGUGUGUUCGUCUUCCUGACGGUUUCUCUGUCGUGGCGCGCAGUGAACAAGGCACAAUAGUGGCCAUCGAAAAUGCGGACGCGCGAAUCUACGGCCUGCAGUAUCACCCUGAGGUUACGCACUCGGAGCGUGGUAUGGAAACUUUCCGUCGGUUCAUUUUGGAAAUAGCAGGAGCGAAGGCCGACUGGAACAUGGAGGAUGUGAUGGAGGAGCAGAUCAGGGAGGUCAGGAGAGUGGUCGGGACAGAACAGCACGCCAUAUGUGCGCUCUCAGGAGGUGUGGACUCCGCCGUUGCUGCCACGUUAAUACACAAGGCGUUGGGAGACCGGCUCCAUUGUGUGUUUGUCGACAACGGACUUCUCAGGUAUCAGGAGAGGGAACGGGUGAUGGCGACGUUUGAGAGAGAUAUGCAUCUGCCUGUGACUUGUAUAGAUGCAUCUGAGCAGUUCCUUUCCAAGCUGAAAGGUGUGACGGAUCCGGAGAAGAAGCGGAAGAUCAUCGGUGGAGAAUUCAUUGCCGUGUUUGAAACGUUUGCAUUGACGAUGGAGAAAACUUUGGGGAAGCGUCCCAGAUUCCUGGUGCAGGGCACACUUUAUCCGGAUGUCAUCGAGUCGUGCCCUCCUCCAGGGAGUGGGAAAAAGCACUCUCACACGAUCAAGAGUCAUCAUAACGUUGGCGGUUUGCCAAAGGACAUGAAGUUUAAGCUCAUUGAACCUUUGAAGUGGCUCUUCAAGGAUGAGGUUCGAGCACUUGGGGCGUUGUUGCAAGUUCCAAGGUCGUUUUUAAAGAGACAUCCAUUUCCCGGACCUGGGUUGGCGGUGCGAGUACUCGGUGACGUAACAGCUGGGGAUGCCCUGCAGAUUUUGCGAGAGGUUGACGAAAUUUUCAUAAAUUGCAUAAAGGAGGCGGGACUUUAUGAUGAAAUUUGGCAAGCUUUUGCUGUAUUUUUGCCAAUCAAGAGCGUUGGAGUCCAAGGGGAUCAAAGGACGCAUUCACAUGUUGUUGCACUGCGUGCCAUAACUAGUCAUGAUGGCAUGACAGCAGAUUGGUAUCAAUUCACACCGCAGUUUCUCGCUUCUGUAUCGGCUAAGGUCUGCAAUGGCGUCAGGGGCGUCAAUCGGGUUGUAUAUGAUAUCACGUCAAAGCCGCCGGCGACUGUAGAGUGGGAAUGAGGUGUGUUCCAAUUUUGCACGUCUUGUGUUAGGCAAGGCUCAGUAGAGAGAGAGAGAGCACGGGGUCAAGUGUCGGGAGUCGGGACCCAUUUGCAUCCUUAUCUCAGUCUUUCUUUGUCUACUGAGAUGAGAAGGUGAAACCUUUGUUCCUUGUCAGAUGUGGUCUGGUCCUGAUGUGGCAGGGAGCGGAUGGCACCCGAUGUGGAAGAACAUGGGUUUCAAUCAAUGAGAGUUUUGAUGCUCCAGUUGCCAAUGGAGUUGGGAAGCGGGUUUUGAAGAUGCAAUGGGACAAUAGCGGACUGGAGAGAGACCAGACAAGGAAGUGCAGAGAAGGUAGGAGUUGUGAGUAUGGAUUUCUUGUCUUGAGAGUGUGGAUUCACCAGAUGGCUAUGAUGAUAUUGUCGAUGGCGGUCGAGCGAUUCCUGAUGUACAGAGGUCUUACUGUUGUAGUAGUUGAUUCCGGAAAUUGCGCAGCAAGGAUGAUGGAGAACAUAGUAGUCGUGGCAUCAAUUGCGCGGGCAAGAUCACAGGGAGGUUUGUGCAGGAUAGAGGAAAACUAAACUAUUCUCUUGUUUAAAUCAUUUUCAGUUUUUCUCAGCACGGUGGAGGAAGAAUAGGAUCGACAAUGCUUGUCAACGUUUCCCACUUGGAGGCAGUGCUGUUAAACCUGGUAGGACCGGGGGCCGCUCCCCCAACCGGAACCGGACUCGUCCUAUUGGCCGGUCGACCGGCCUGGUUCCCCCCUGGUUGGCCAUAGCGCAUCAAAAUUUUGUUA